ACUUGCCCGUCACGAUAGCAUAUAUAAUUGGAUCUACUCGUCGAAAAUUAAUUAAAAUUCGGGUUAUGGGAGAAUAUUCCGAGCAGUUUUAAUAGAGGCACAUACAAACAGAUAAACUAACGUACAUGUAGACGUAAACAUGUGGAUUCUAUUUAGUGCGAUGCUUUUAGCACUUUCUGUUGCAGUGCAAGGCGUCUGUCCGGCUGGAUUUGAGUCUCUGGAACAGAGCUGCUACGUCAUCCUGAAAGUAGUGGGAACAUAUGACGAGGCACAGACGUAUUGCGAGAUGGUGGGCGCCUCACUUGCUGUGAUCCGAAGCCGUGAAGAGGAGAAUCUAAUAGAUAGCUACAUCCACCGACACAUGAGUCAAAUACAGGAGGACCAAAUCUGGAUCGGCGGCACAGACCUCCUCCAAGAAGGGAUGUUCCUAGCCCCUAGGAACCAAGAGGUGCUGACAUACUUCAACUGGGCCACUGGUCAGCCCGACAACUACGGAAAGGGCGAACACUGUCUCGCCAUUUUCCGGGAUGACGCGCAGCUACGGUGGAACGACCAAUUUUGUAAUACGGAUAAAGUCCCACUUUGCAAAAGUACGCGGAGACUGCCCGGCUGGAUUUGAGUCCCUUGGGAUGAGCUGCUUCGUGGUCCUGAACGUGAAGGGUUCUUAUGCUGCAGGACAGAAGUAUUGUGAGAUGGUGGGCGCUUCCCUUGCUGUGAUCCGGAGUCAAGACGAGGAGGCGCUCAUAGAUGGCUACCUCCGCCGAAACAUAAGUCAAAUCCAAGAGGACCAGAUCUGGAUCGGCGGCACGGACCUCCUCCAAGAAGGGACGUUUCUGGUCCCUGGAACCCAAGAGGUGCUGACCUACUUCAAUUGGGCCCCGGGUCAGCCCGACAACUACGGAAGGGGCGAACACUGUCUCGACAUUUUCCGGGAUGACGCGCAGCUACGCUGGAACGACCAAUUGUGUAAUACGGAUAGAGUCCCACUUUGCCAAAGGGAGCAGAUUGAGCCUCCUAUUAUUGUUGGAUAGAUCAACUGUGUUUUCUUGUUAAGAAAUAAAUCGAAACAUAUAA